AUGGCUGUGAUUUUAGUCGCUUUAAUAUUGGUGUGUUGUUUUGAAUGGGACAAGACUUUCCUCGCAGCCGCUCAGAAUUGUGUGGAUGAGAGCAGGUUUAAGGAGCAGGUGCUCUAUGUGGGGCAGCAGGAGCCUCCAUAUCGACUGAACUGCUCUCUGGAGCUUGCUCAGCAACAGAGCUCCCCCCAGUUCAACCUGACCUGGCAGAAGGACUGUCAGCAGCUCCUCGCCCAGGAUGGGAAGGCCUACCUGGAGUUUACCAGCCUCAGCUUGGAAGACCAAGGGAAUUAUACCUGUGUGCUACAAAGCAACAGCACAGCCUCAUUCACUGUGCGUCUCAUAGUUAAAGAGUCCCAAUGCGCCAAAGCACCAGAAUUUAGACCUAAUAGAGGCCUGAUCAGCCUCUGGAGGAAUGUGGGAUCCUCUGUCAAACUGAACUGCACUGUUGUCCUCCCCUGGGAUCCAAGAGAGGAGCAAUGUGACACCACGCUGCAGUGGAGUAAAGAUGGCCAACCCCUCACCAAUCACACUCUUCACACGCAGAAUAUCUCCUCAUGGUCUCCUGUUGCCGGCCAGCUGAUGGUAAACAGUCUGCUGGGGAUCACCCUCAGAGAGUUGGAUUUUGGGCUCUACAGCUGCACAGUGAGAAACGUUUCCUCUGACUUCAGCCUACAGAAUUCAAACGGCCCCAGCCACACAGCGGCUGUUAUUGCAGCCGUCAUCCUCCUCCUCUUCCUCACUGUAGCUGCUGUUGUGUACUCCAGGUGCCACCUGAACAUCAGACUCUGGUACAGGAACUCCUACGGAGACUAUGAACUCAAUGAUGGCAAAUUAUAUGAUGCCUAUAUCUCCUAUGUGAACAAUGAUCAUGACAGGAAGUUUGUCAACUUUAUUCUCAAACCUCACCUGGAGAAUAAAAAUGCAUACAAAGUGCACCUCAAUGACAAUGAUAUCCUACCUGGCUCAGAACCUUCUGCAGAGCUACUCAUGAACAUGAGUCGCUCUCGGCGUCUGAUCGUGUUGCUCUCUUAUGCUUACCUUGAGCAGGACUGGUGCUCCAAUAACUUCAGACAGGGCCUUCUGCACAUAUUGGAGAUAUGUCAGCGGCCCAUUCUCAUCAUGUUGGAGGGUCAGUCCAAACGCAUGAGUGCUGAGAUCAAGCAGCAGCUCAGUGAGCACCAGCACCGCCUCACCAUACUCACCUGGAGGCACAACUCUGUGACUCCCGCGUCAGUCUUCUGGAAGGAGCUGUCUCUAGCGAUGCCUCGCAGAGUUGUCUUCCUCAGUGAGUCUGCAGGCGACCCCCAGACUGUGUUACAAGAUGACAAAGACCCCAUGCUGACCAUCGACACCGACUACCUGGACUGCCGCUCAGACACUGACCCUACUGGAGAUCUGGGGCUUCGUCUCCCUGUGUACAAGACUCUGGCCUGUAAAGCUCCCGUCCUCCCUGCUUCUCCCAUCACUUCGGCUGAGCCCAAAUCCUUGGACAUCGACGUUUCGGACCUGGGAUCACGUAACUAUGGAGCCCGCUCAGACUUCUACUGCCUGGUCACUGAGGAGGAAAUUUGAUCCACACUCCCCUCACUUCUGCUGAUUUAUAAAAAUGAACACCUACCUUGAGAUCCUCAUUAGCUAUGCUUUUUAUUUAUCCAUGUAUAUGGUAAAUAUGCUUUUGUUUCUUUUCUGUACAGUUGUAAAAAUCAAACAGUUACUUUUUUCUAUUUGCACUUACCAAAGACUGAGAUUUAAUGUUUUAUAUUUUUUACUGGGUUAAAUAUUUUAUGAGAAAUUGUCCAAGGAAAUAUCUGAAAUAGUUGUGUCAAUCUGGGAAAGACUGAAUAGACCUUUUAAGUGAUUGUCAUUUCACAGCCAAGAAGUGUAAUUGUGUCACCAGCAGAGGGCAGAGUGAUAACUAUAAGUGAUAGUGAUAAGCUAUAGGAAUUCUGCUUUUUAAGCAGUUUUUCUUAAUUUGACAGCUGACAGUACACAGAUGGUUGGGAAAGACAGAGAAAGUACAUGUAGUGUACUAAAGUCAGAUUUGGACCCACAACACCCUGUAUCUGUUUGUACACCAUCAACUGGUGACUAAAGAACUCAGUUCUUGACAUUUCUGCGGUUGGGGCUUUGUGAGUGAUGUAAACCGCCUCAGAUAACAACAUGGCAGCCACGCUAAUAAAGCAGUAUGAUGAAA